AUGCGGGCGCUGCGGCGGCUGCGGGUGUCGCCCCGCUCGCUGCUGGCCUUCCUCUUCCUCUGCUCGCUGUCCUCCUCCGGCCUCUACUUCGUCUACGUGGCCCCGGGCCUCGCCAACACAUAUCUCUUCAUGGUACAAGCUCGAGGAAUGAUGUUGAGAGAAAAUGUGAAGACAAUAGGCCAUAUGAUCAGGCUUUACACGAACAAGAACACGACCACACUCAACGGCACAGAUUAUCCUGAAGGCAGUAAUUCAAGUGAUUACCUUGUUCAGACAACAACGUACCUUCCAGAAAACUUCACAUACUCUCCAUACCUCCCCUGCCCAGAAAAAUUGCCUUACAUGCGGGGAUUUCUCAACGUCAACGUGAGUGAAGUGAGCUUUGAUGAAAUUCACCAGCGCUUCUCCAGGGACUCAGACAUCGAGCCGGGAGGACACUGGAGGCCGAAGGACUGCAAGCCCCGGUGGAAGGUGGCCGUGCUUAUCCCCUUCCGCAAUCGUCACGAGCACCUGCCCAUUUUCUUCCUGCACCUGAUUCCAAUGCUCCAGAAACAGCGGCUGGAAUUCGCCUUUUAUGUCAUCGAACAGACCGGCUCGCAGCCCUUCAACCGCGCCAUGCUCUUCAACGUGGGCUUCCGGGAGGCCACGCGGGACCGGGCGUGGGACUGCGUCAUCUUCCACGACGUGGACCACCUGCCCGAGAACGACCGCAACUACUACGGCUGCGAGGCAAUGCCGCGCCACUUCGCGGCCAAGCUGGACAAGUACAUGUACAUCCUCCCGUACAAAGAGUUCUUCGGCGGCGUCAGCGGGCUGACCGUGGCGCAGUUCAGGAGGAUCAACGGCUUCCCCAACGCCUUCUGGGGCUGGGGCGGCGAGGACGACGACCUGUGGAACAGGGUUCACUUCGCCGGGUAUAACGUGACGCGGCCGGAGGGGGACCUGGGAAAAUACAAAUCCAUCCCGCACCACCACCGGGGGGAAGUCCAGUUUUUAGGGCGGUACAAGCUGCUGAGGUACUCGAAGGAGCGCCAGUACAUCGACGGGCUCAACAACCUGGCCUGCGCGCCCAGUGUCCUAGUGGACAGGCUGUACACCAACAUCUCCGUGGACCUCACGCCCGCGCUGGCGCCCAUCGGAGACUACUGA